GCAAAGUCUAUGAGAUGCAUACCUUGUGGACCAUUCCACUGUUACUGUUCCAUAUAGUUAGAGGCAGAGAAGUCUGCUUUCCCCGCCUGGGCUGCUUCACAGAUGACAUACCAUGGGCUGGAACGGUGGAACGGCCCAUUUCACGACUCCCUUGGGCACCUGAGAAAAUAAAUACACGCUUCCUUCUCUAUACUAAAAAGAACCCUAACAACUUUCAGGAAAUCACUGCAAUCAGUCCAGAAACAAUUGGCUACUCCAACUUCAAUACCAGCAAGAUAACCCGCUUUAUCACCCAUGGAUUCAUAGACAAGGGGGAAGAAAGAUGGCUGUCAGAUAUGUGCAAGAGAAUGUUUCAAGUGGAAGAUGUGAACUGCAUUUGCAUAGACUGGACCAAAGGUGCCAGGUGUCCCUAUACCCAGGCAGCUAACAACAUCCGUGUGAUGGGGAGUGAAGUGGCAUAUUUUGUAAAUGUCCUUAAGGAGAAAUAUGGAUACUCUCCAUCCCUGGUACAUUUCAUUGGCCAUAGCCUUGGGGCACAUGCAGCUGCUGAGCUGGGAAGAAGAAUAAAAGGAAUUGGAAGAAUCACUGGACUAGACCCUGCUCAACCUUAUUUUCAAGGCACUCCACCUGAGAUCAGACUGGACAAAAGUGAUGCUGAGUUUGUUGAUGUGAUUCAUACUGAUUCAGCACCAUUAAUUCCACAUCUAGGGUUUGGGAUGAGUCAAGCUGUUGGACAUCUUGAUUUUUAUCCAAAUGGAGGAGAAUACAUGCCAGGAUGUAAGAAAAAUCCUCUUUCACAAAUAGUGGAUAUUGAUGGCAUUUGGGAAGGAACUCGUGACUUUGUGGCCUGUAACCAUCUGCGGAGCUAUAAGUAUUAUUCGGAUAGCAUUAUUUUUCCAGAUGGAUUUUUGGGUUACCCUUGUGCUGCGUACAACUUAUUUGAAACAGACAGCUGUUUCCCAUGUCCAAAAGGUGGAUGUCCUCCAAUGGGUCACUAUGCAAUUGAAUUUAAAGACAAAAUCACUUCUGGAUUUACUAAACUUUAUUUGAAUACUGCAGAUGCCAAAAAUUUUACCAGUUGGAGGUACAAAUUAUCAGUCACACUGUCUGGAAGCAGCAGCAUCCGGGGGUACAUAAAUAUUGCCCUGUAUGGGAGUGGAGGGAACACAAAGCAAUAUCAAAUUUUCAAGGGGAAGCUCAGACCUGGUGAGGUUUAUACCAAGCUAAUAGAUGUAGAACUUAAGGUUGGAAUUGUCACCAAGGUUAAAUUUCUUUGGAACAACAAUAUCAUAAACCCAACUUUGCCCAGACUGGGAGCAGCAAAGAUUACAGUAGAAGAUGGAGAAAAUGGGAAUGUAUUCAAUUUCUGUGGCAGUGAAACUGUGAGAGAAGAUGUGCUGCAAACACUCACAUCAUGCUGAUCUUGAAAUGAGGAGCAGCUUUUCUGCAAAUCUUAAUAAAACAGUAACAUUUCAAGCA